AAGGAGCUGAAGAAAGAAAUCUAAGAGCCGGUCCGAUCACAGGAGUUUUGAAAGAUGCUGGCAGAACCAGUCCCAGGCGCCCAGGAACAAGAGCCGUUCGGAGCAGUGAAACUGGAGGACGAUGAGAUUGUCGGCGAGGAGGACCCCAGGCUAGCAGAGGCCCGGCCUAGGCCCGAGGUGGCCCACCAACUCUUCAGGUGCUUCCAGUACCAGGAAGAUAUGGGGCCGCGGGCGUCCCUGGGUCGGCUCCGGGAACUCUGCAACCACUGGCUACGGCCGGCUCUGCACACCAAGAAGCAGAUUCUGGAGCUCUUGGUGCUGGAGCAGUUCCUGAGCGUCCUGCCCCCGCAUGUGCUGAGCCGCCUGAAGGGCCAGCCGCUCAGGGACGGCGAGGAGGUGGUCCGGCUGCUGGAGGGCGUGCCCAGAGACACCAGCCACGUGGGGCCACUGGAUUUUAGCUUCAGUGCUGGCAAGAGCGCCCCUGCUGACAUCAUCCCAGAGGACCAAAAUAGCCCUUCCCAGGUCCCCAGCCACAGCCCCAAAAGGGAGAUGCCCUCAGAGGACUCUGCAGCCCUGCGUCCAUUGCAUGAAGUGUCCCCGUCUCAGCCAGUGCCUGUCAGGCCUGCUGAACCCGAGGAGUGGACGCUCGCCCCAAGUUCAAACUGGCCAGUGAGCCCAGAGCCCCAGGAGACACUCCAGGACCCUCAAGAAAGCUACCCCUCCCAGGGCCCGUCAUGGCUUGAGGAACAUUCCAGAGACCAAGAGCUGGCAGCGGUGUUGGAGUCCCUGACCUUUGAAGAUACCUCGGAGAAGAAAGCUUGGCUUGAAAACCCUAUUGGACUUGGGAACAGAGCAGCUGACAAGGAGGAACUGCACGCUGAAAAGCAUAAAGUGACUGCUUGGCCUGUCGUCACCUUACCGGAGUCGCAGACGGAGAGCCCUGGAGUUGCAGGAGAGCCUCUUACCCAGACACUGGGGCAGGAGACAAGCAGUGCUGGCUGGGAAGGGACCCCUGCUGACAACAGUGAAGCUACAGCAGUCAGAGGAGUUGCAGAUGUCCCACAGUCCCAGGCAGACACGCGGUUCAUAUGUACAGAGUGUGGAGUGAGCUUCCCGCAGCUGUCCCACUUAAAGGCCCACCAGCUACAAUCUCAUCCUAGCUCUCGCUCUCACCCAAGGUCCCGUUCCUUCCAGUGUCUGUGGUGCGGGAAGACUUUCGGGCGCAGCUCCAUCCUCAAACUGCACAUGCGCACGCACACUGAUGAGCGGCCGCACGCCUGUCAUCUCUGCAGCCACCGCUUCCGCCAGAGCUCACACCUGACGAAGCACUUGCUAACGCAUUUCUCUGAGCCUACCUUCCGGUGUGCCGAGUGUGACCAGGGCUUCCAGCGUCGUUCCAGCCUCAUGAAGCACCUGCGGGCACACGCCCAGGAACAAAAUCCCAAGCCAGACUCAGAUGGUAAGAUAAAAGUGCCAGAAGUGACGGUCGUUCUCUGCACCCACUGCGGGCAGACCUUCCAACGACGCUCUAGCUUAAAGCGUCACCUGCGCAUCCAUGCUAAGGACAAGGACCAUCAGUCAUCAGAAGACCCUGGCAGCCUUAACUCUCGCCAGGAGAGCAAGCCCUAUGUGUGCAAUGACUGUGGUAAGGCCUUCCGACGAAGCGAGCACCUCAUGACUCAUAGGCGAGUCCACACCAGCGAACGACCGUUCUCCUGCCAGGUCUGUGGCCGCUGUUUCACCCAAAGUUCCCAGCUGAUCAGCCACCAGCAGGUGCACACAGGUGAGAAGCCCCAUGCCUGUCCUCAGUGCAACAAACGAUUUGUGAGACGUGCGGGCCUUGUUCGUCAUCUGUUGACCCACGGUGGCCUCCGGCCUUACCACUGUGCCCAGUGUGGCAAAAGUUUCCGCCAAAUGCGAGACCUGACCCGCCACCUGCGCAGCCACACGGGAGAGAAACCCUGCCGAUGCAGCGAAUGUGGAGAGGGGUUUAGCCAGAGUGCCCACCUGGCACGCCACCAACGCAUCCACACUGGGGAGAAGCCCCACGCCUGUGACACUUGUGGUCACCGCUUCCGCAAUAGCUCCAACUUGGCCCGCCACCGCCGCAGCCACACCGGCGAAAGGCCCUACAGCUGCCCAACCUGCAGCCGCAGCUUCCGGCGCAAUGCGCACCUGCAGCGCCACCUGGCCACACACAACGGGUCAAGGCAAGAAUUGGAAGAUCCCCAGGAGUGCCCGGAGUGUGGCAAGAGCUUCAAUCGCAUGUCCAACUUGCUGCGCCACCUGCUGGUUCACACAGGCGCAAGGCCUUACUCCUGUGUGCUGUGUGGACGUGGCUUCAGCCGCAACUCGCAUCUGCUGCGCCAUAUGCGAACCCAUGCCCGGGAGUUCUAGCAACUUUGUCCCGUAUGCACAUCCGUCUGUGCGUGCGUAAGAUUCCCUGUGAUGGCCCCUUCACACAUACUUCCCUCCUGGUUCCUCCACAUUUGGCCUCCCCAACUUUGACCUCUUUCCCUGACCCCAGGAAUGUGUUUUCAGAGACUUAAAGUAAAGCUGCCGGCUCAAA